CAUACACACUGCUCACACACUGCUGGCCACUUGGAAAUUUCCCCUCAACGCGCAGGAUAUUUUAGUGCUGAGGAGCGGGGCUGCCGGCUAAUGUGCAUCUUCUCAGGGCUGACUUGCCUGAAAUGCCCCAGCAGAGGAUUUGAAGCUGUGAAGAUCAGCAGAUAUCCAGGGCUGCAUUUUCCUGAGCAAUAAGGUGUAGCUGCAGCGCUCGCCCGCACCGCCUGGCAAGAUGGUGGCGUUGUCACUGAAAAUCUGCGUGCGGCAAUGCAACGUUGUGAAGACGAUGCAGUUUGAGCCCUCCACGGCUGUCUAUGAUGCCUGCAGGAUCAUCAGAGAGAGGGUCCCAGAGGCUCAAACUGGACAGGCUUCAGACUAUGGCCUGUUUCUUUCGGAUGAAGACCCCAGAAAAGGCAUCUGGUUGGAAUCUGGAAGGACGCUGGAUUACUACAUGCUCCGCAAUGGGGAUAUUCUCGAAUACAAGAAGAAGCAAAGACCACAGAAAAUUAAAAUGCUGGAUGGGGCUGUCAAAACUAUCAUGGUGGACGACUCCAAAACAGUGGGAGAGCUGCUUGUGACUAUAUGCAGUAGAAUAGGCAUUACAAACUAUGAGGAAUACUCUCUGAUCCAGGAGACGGUGGAGGAGAAGAAGGAGGAUGGCAUGGGUACCCUGAAGAAAGACAGAACACUUUUGCGAGACGAGAGGAAGAUGGAAAAGCUGAAAGCCAAGCUUCACACAGACGAUGACUUGAACUGGCUGGACCAUAGCAGAACAUUCAGGGAGCAGGGAGUGGACGAGAACGAGACUCUUCUCCUGAGACGCAAGUUCUUCUACUCUGACCAGAAUGUAGACUCCAGAGACCCAGUUCAACUCAACCUGCUUUACGUACAGGCUCGAGAUGAUAUCCUGAACGGUUCCCACCCGGUUUCGUUUGAUAAGGCCUGCGAGUUUGGAGGGAUUCAGGCCCAGAUCCAGUUUGGACCUCACAUAGAGCAUAAACACAAACCCGGAUUCUUGGACCUGAAAGAGUUUCUACCCAAAGAGUACAUAAAGCAGAGAGGAGCUGAAAAGAAAAUAUUCCAGGAGCACAAGAACUGUGGCGAGAUGACCGAGAUUGAGGCAAAAGUAAAGUAUGUCAAGUUGGCGCGGUCUCUGCGGACAUACGGCGUCUCCUUCUUCCUCGUCAAGGAAAAGAUGAAGAGCAAGAAUAAACUGGUGCCGAGGCUUUUGGGUAUCACAAAAGAGUCUGUGAUGAGAGUGGAUGAGAAGACCAAAGAUGUAGUUCAAGAGUGGCCACUUACCACUGUGAAGAGGUGGGCAGCAUCACCCAAGAGCUUCACCUUGGACUUUGGGGAGUACCAAGAGAGCUACUACUCUGUACAGACCACUGAAGGGGAACAGAUCUCCCAGCUCAUUGCCGGUUACAUCGACAUCAUUCUCAAAAAGAAGCAAAGCAAGGAUCGCUUUGGAUUAGAAGGUGACGAGGAGUCAACAAUGCUCGAGGAGUCUGUAUCCCCGAAAAAGUCCACCAUCCUUCAGCAGCAGUUUAACCGUAUGGGCCGGGUGGAGCACGGCUCUGUGGCGCUGCCAGGGGUGAUCCGCUCUGGCUCAAUCGGCGCAGAAUCACUUAGCAUGGGUACCAUGCCAUCCCCUCAGCAGCAGAUCACAAUGGGUCAGAUGCACCGUGGACACAUGCCACCACUGAGCUCAGCACAACAAGCUCUGAUGGGAACCAUCAACACCAGCAUGCAAGCUGUGCAGAAAGCCCAGAUAGACCUGGGGGAGGUGGACAACCUUCCACCACUGGGACAAGACAUGGCAUCCAAGAUGUGGAUCCAAAACAAGAUGGAUGAGUCAAAACACGAGAUCCACUCCCAAGUCGACGCCAUCACUGCAGGAACAGCCUCUGUUGUCAACCUCACGGCUGCCGAUCCUACCGACACAGACUACACGGCAGUGGGCUGCGCCAUCACCACCAUAUCCUCCAACCUGACUGAAAUGUCAAAGGGUGUGAAGCUGUUGGCUGCACUCAUGGAGGACGACGUAGGAGGAGGCAACGACCUGAUGAAGGCCGCCAGGACACUUGCAGGGGCUGUAUCUGACCUGCUGAAGGCUGUGGAGCCGGCCUCUGGAGAGCCAAGACAGACUGUGCUGACAGCAGCAGGCAGCAUUGGUCAGGCCAGCGGAGACCUCCUGCGCCAGAUUGGAGAGAACGAGACAGACGAGAGGUUUCAGGAUGUCCUGAUGAAUCUGGCGAAAGCAGUGGCCAAUGCAGCAGCCAUGUUGGUGCUGAAGGCCAAGAAUGUGGCCCAGGUUGCAGAGGACACCGUCCUCCAGAACCGGGUCAUUGCUGCAGCCACACAGUGUGCCCUGUCCACCUCUCAGCUGGUGGCAUGUGCCAAGGUGGUAAGCCCAACUAUCAGUUCUCCAGUUUGCCAAGAGCAGUUAAUUGAAGCUGGAAAGCUUGUCGACCGCUCGGUGGAAAGCUGUGUCCAGGCCUGCCUUUCAGCCACAGAAGAUGGCGAACUUCUCAAGCAGGUGAGUGCAGCAGCCAGCGUGGUUAGCCAGGCUUUAGGAGAUCUCCUGCAACAUGUUCGUCAGUACACCUCAAGGGGAGAACCGAUUGGGCGCUAUGACCAGGCAACGGACACCAUUAUGACUGUCACUGAGAGUAUUUUCAGCUCAAUGGGAGAUGCUGGAGAGAUGGUGCGUCAGGCUCGAGUCUUGGCUCAGGCCACCUCCGACUUGGUGAAUGCCAUGAGGUCCGAUGCAGAAGCCGAGGUUGACGUCGACAAUUCUAAGAAGUUGCUGGCAGCUGCUAAAUUGUUGGCUGAUGCCACAGCAAGGAUGGUGGAGGCAGCAAAGGGAGCAGCAGCCUAUCCAGAAAAUGAAGACCAGCAGCAGAGACUGAGGGAGGCUGCAGAGGGGCUGCGUGUGGCCACUAAUGCUGCUGCUCAAAAUGCCAUCAAGAAGAAACUGAUCAACAGACUGGAGAAUGCUGCCAAGCAGGCUGCAGCUGCAGCCACACAGACAAUCGCCGCUGCUCAAAACGCCGCCGCCUCCAACAAGAACAUAGCUGCUCACCAGCAGCUGGUGCAGAGUUGUAAGGCAGUUGCAGAUCACAUCCCACAGCUUGUCCAGGGAGUCCGUGGCAGUCAGGCCAAACCGGAGGACCUGAGUGCACAGUUGGCCCUCAUUAUUGCCAGCCAGAACUUCUUACAGCCUGGCAGUAAGAUGGUGACCUCGGCCAAGUCAUCUGUUCCCACGGUGACUGAUCAGGCUGCAGCCAUGCAACUGGGUCAGUGUGCCAAGAACCUGGCCACCUGCCUGGCGGAGCUGAGGACAUCUGCACAGAAGGCUCACGAAGCUUGUGGCCCCAUGGAGAUAGACUCUGCCCUUACAGCCAUCCAGACCCUAAGAAGUGAGCUACAGGAUGCCAAGAUGACUGCUGUGAAUGCCCAACUAAAACCACUUCCUGGAGAAUCACUGGAGAAGUGUGCUCAGGAUCUGGGCAGCACCUCCAAGUCUGUGGGAUCCUCUAUGGCUCAGCUGCUCACCUGUGCUGCACAAGGAAAUGAACACUACACAGGAAUAGCAGCCAGAGAGACAGCUCAGGCUCUAAAAACACUUGCCCAAGCAGCCCGUGGCGUUGCUGCUUCCACCACGGACCCCAAGGGCGCGGCUGCCAUGCUGGACUCGGCCCGUGACGUUAUGGAGGGCUCUGCGCUUCUCAUACAUGAGGCUAAGCAGGCACUGAUUUCCCCCGGAGAUGCUGAAAGCCAGCAGAGACUGGCGCAGGUGGCGAAGGCUGUGUCUCAUUCCCUAAACAACUGCGUCAACUGUCUACCUGGCCAGAAGGAUGUGGACAUGGCUCUCAAGAGCAUCGGAGAGGCCAGCAAGAAGCUACUGAUUGAAACCAUCCCACCUGCCUCCAAGUCAUUCCAGGAGGCCCAGAGUGAGCUCAACCAAACAGCAGCUGAACUAAACCAGUCAGCGGGCGAGGUGGUCCACGCCUCCAGAGGCUCCAGCAGCCAGCUGGCUGUGGCCUCUGGAAAGUUCAGCCAAGACUUUGAUGAGUUCCUGGAUGCUGGCAUCGAGAUGGCUGGGCACACUCAGAAAAAGGACGACCAGGUGCAGGUGAUUGGUAACCUGAAGAACAUCUCCAUGGCUUCUAGCAAACUGCUGUUGGCUGCUAAAAGUUUGUCUGUGGACCCAGCAGCAGCAAACGCCAAGAACCUGCUAGCUGCUGCAGCAAGAGCUGUGACUGACAGCAUCAACCAGCUGAUCACUCUGUGCACACAGCAGGCUCCAGGGCAGAAGGAGUGUGACAAUGCCCUGAGAGAGUUGGAGGCUGUCAGAGGAAUGCUUGACAACCCCAAUGAACCUGUCAGUGACCUCUCCUACUUUGACUGUAUCGAGAGUGUGAUGGAGAACUCGAAGGUCCUGGGAGAGUCUAUGGCUGGCAUUUCUCAGAACUGCAAAACCGGGGAUGUGUCUGCAUUUGGAGACUGUGUGGGAUCAGCGUCUAAAGCCCUGUGUGGCCUCACUGAAGCCGCAGGACAGGCUUCUUACUUGGUGGGUGUGUCAGACCCUAACAGUCAGGCGGGACACCAGGGUUUGGUGGAUCCCAUACAGUUUGCUAAAGCCAACCAAGCAAUCCAGAUGGCUUGUCAGAAUCUUGUUGACCCAGAAAGCAGCCCCUCCCAGGUUCUCUCAGCAGCCACCAUUGUUGCUAAGCACACCUCGGCAUUGUGCAAUGCCUGUCGUCUCGCUUCUUCUAAGACAACCAAUCCUGUUGCCAAGAGGCACUUUGUGCAGUCUGCCAAGGAGGUUGCCAACAGCACUGCCAACUUGGUCAAAACAAUUAAGGCUUUAGAUGGUGAUUUCUCAGAGGAAAACAGGAACAGGUGUCGAGUCGCCACGGCUCCACUAAUUGAAGCUGUUGAAAACUUGACAACAUUUGCUUCCAACCCAGAGUUUGCCAGCGUGCCCGCUAAAAUCAGCACUGAGGGCUCUGCAGCACAGGAGCCCAUCCUUCAGUCGGCACGGUCUAUGCUUGAUAGCUCCACCCAUCUGCUCAAAACCGCACGCUCAUUGGUUAUCAACCCAAAAGACCCGCCCACGUGGUCCGUCCUGGCCGGUCAUUCUCGUACUGUCUCCGAUUCCAUCAAGAGUCUCAUCACAGCCAUCCGGGACAAGGCCCCAGGCCAGCGGGAGUGCGAUUCGUCAAUCGAUAACAUCAACAAAUGUAUCCGGGACAUUGAGCAGGCCUCUCUGGCCGCUGUCAGCCAGAACUUACCCAGCAGAGACGACAUCUCACUGGAGGCACUACAAGAGCAACUGACGUCCACCGUGCAGGAAAUUGGCCACUUAAUUGACCCCGUUUCCACUGCUGCCAGGGGCGAAGCUUCCCAACUAGGACACAAGGUGACUCAGUUGGCUGGCUACUUUGAGCCACUGAUCAAGGCCUCCGUGGGUGUGGCGUCCAAGCUGAAGGACCACCAGCAGCAGAUGACUUUCCUGGACCAAACAAAGACUCUGGCUGAGUCGGCUCUGCAAAUGCUCUAUGCUGCCAAAGAGGGUGGAGGAAACCCAAAGGCAUCCCAUACCCAUGAUGCUAUAGCAGAGGCAGCUCAGCUCAUGAAGGAGGCGGUUGAUGACAUCAUGGUGACACUUAAUGAAGCUGCCAGUGAGGUGGGAAUGGUGGGAGGAAUGGUGGAGUCGAUCGCAGAUGCCAUGGCCAAGCUGGAUGAAGGUACACCACCUGAACCUGAGGGCUCAUUUGUGGAUUACCAGACCAGUAUGGUGAAAUACUCUAAAGCCAUUGCUGUCACUGCUCAGGAAAUGAUGACUAAAUCAGUGACUUGUCCAGAUGAGCUGGGAGCCCUGGCAUCACAGGUGACUGUGGACUACAGCCAGCUCGCUGUUCAGGGACGACUGGCUGCUCACACAGCUGAACCAGAGGAGAUUGGUUUCCAGAUCAAAACCCGAGUGCAGGACCUUGGUCACGGCUGCAUCUUUCUGGUCCAAAAGGCCGGAGCUCUGCAGAUCACCCCGUCUGACAGUUUUACUAAGCGGGAGCUCAUUGAUUGUGCCCGUGCAGUCACAGAGAAGGUGUCUUUGGUGCUUUCAGCCCUCCAGGCAGGCAAUAAGGGCACUCAGGCUUGCAUUACAGCAGCCACUGCUGUGUCUGGGAUCAUUGCUGAUCUGGAUACCACAAUAAUGUUUGCGUCCGCCGGCACACUCAACGCAGAGAACGAAGAGUCCUUUGCCGACCACAGGGAAAACAUUUUGAAGACGGCUAAAGCUCUGGUUGAGGACACAAAGAUGCUGGUGUCUGGCGCAGCUUCCGGUCAGGAGAAGUUGGCACAGGCUGCUCAGUCUUCUGCCAAGACCAUUACCCAGCUCACAGAUGUGGUCAAAUUGGGUGCUGCCAGCAUUGGCUCUGAUGACCCUGAGACACAGGUGGUGCUGAUAAAUGCUGUCAAAGAUGUGGCCAAGGCAUUGGGUGAGCUCAUUAGUGCCACCAAGUGUGCCGCUGGCAAGGCAGCCGAUGAUCCAUCUAUGUACCAACUAAAGAGCGCUGCGAAGGUGAUGGUGACAAAUGUGACAUCCCUGCUGAAGACUGUCAAAGCUGUGGAAGACGAAGCUACUCGCGGUACCAGAGCGCUUGAGGCUACAAUCGAGUGCAUUAAGCAGGAAAUGUCGGUGUUUCAAUCCAGGGAUGCUCCCAACAGGACAACCACACCUGAGGAGUUCAUUCGCAUGACUAAAGGAAUCACCAUGGCAACUGCUAAAGCGGUGGCUGCAGGGAACUCUGGCCGACAGGAGGACAUCAUCCAUACUGCCAACGUCAGCCGCAAAGCCAUGUCAGACAUGCUCACUACCUGCAAGCAAGCAGCCUACCAUCCUGAGGUCAGUGAGGAGGUGAAGAACAGAGCACUGAUGUUUGGAGCAGAGUGUACAACUGCUUACAUUGACCUACUGGAACAUGUACUGCUGGUCCUGCAGAAGCCUACUGCAGAGCAGAAGCAGCAUCUGGCAGCUUGUUCCAAGCGAGUAGCCGGAGCAGUAACAGAGCUCAUCCAGACUGCUGAGGCCAUGAAAGAUGGAGGUUCAGAGUGGGUGGAUCCCGAGGAUCCAACAGUGAUCGCAGAGACGGAGCUGCUCGGAGCAGCGGCGUCCAUCGAAGCAGCAGCUAAGAAGCUCGAGCAACUCAAACCCAGAGCCAAGCCAAAGCAAGCAGACGAGACCCUGAACUUUGAGGAGCAGAUCCUAGAGGCAGCUAAAUCCAUUGCUGCAGCCACCAGUGCUUUGGUUAAAUCAGCCUCAGCUGCCCAGAGAGAGCUGGUGGCUCAGGGGAAAGUGGGCUCUGUCCCUGCAAAUGCUGUGGAUGAUGGACAGUGGUCCCAGGGGCUGAUCUCUGCUGCACGUAUGGUAGCAGCAGCAACUAGCAACCUGUGUGAGGCAGCUAAUGCCUCGGUGCAGGGUCACGCCAGUGAGGAGAAACUCAUCUCUUCAGCCAAACAGGUGGCAGCCUCUACUGCUCAGCUGCUGGUGGCCUGUAAGGUGAAGGCUGACCAAGACUCUGAGGCCAUGAGGAGACUGCAGAUUGCUGGAAAUGCAGUGAAGAAAGCAUCCGACAAUUUGGUGCGGGCAGCUCAGAAGGCAGCAUUUGAAAAAUCCGAUGAAGACAACGUGGUGGUGAAGACAAAGUUUGUGGGUGGAAUUGCGCAGAUCAUUGCCGCCCAGGAAGAGAUGCUGAGAAAGGAGAGAGAGCUGGAAGAAGCCAGAAAGAAACUGGCCCAAAUAAGGCAGCAGCAGUACAAGUUCCUGCCCAGCGAACUGCGAGAGGACAGCAACUAGUUAUUCAGCCUCACCUUUGCUGCUACGUACGCUUGCACCAGUGUGAAGAGCACAUCUGUUUUUGUGUGCAUAUUUGUAUCCUGCUAAUGGCACACCUGGACUGGUACGCCGUCCUCCAGUGAAUCCAGAUAAGUUGUGACUGAUUAACAAACCCGGGUCUGCAUUGAACACCGCUGACAACAUGUUAGGUCAUCUACUAGCACGUGUUAAAAACUACUGCGUGAUACUGACUACUUUGUGAAAACAACAAAAAGAUUGUGGCGAUCGCCUGAAGAACUCCUUCAUGUCCUAAUGUAUAACUACUUCAAACUGAUGUGAUCUAAACCAGAAUGUGACAUGCUUAGUUCAAACAGCACAUGUGCUCUCACGUUUGUUCUUAAGCGCCAUUUUUGUAAUGUUUAACAAUUUGCAGCUCUUGUGCAUAAAGUUUAAAAUGAAGAACUGAUUGUAUUGCUGUUCACGUCACAUAGCCAUUUAACUGCAACGACACCCUGAAAGCAAAAACAUUUCUGCUUGGUACUCUGAUAUUGUAUGAAUGUUUGCCUGUAUACCCCAAUCUGGCACCUUAAUGUCUGUCUGAAUCGUGUAAAUCACUGUGGCAUGACUUGACUUUAAUUCAGUGGCCAUAAACCCUAAUAUGAAGGAAGACCAGAUUUUGCGUAUGGACGUUUCUUGGGCCAUUUCAACAAUGAAAGUGUUUUGGGGUUUGUUUGGUUUUUUUGGCAAUCCUCUCUUCGUGUAGAGAGUUACAGAAUAUAAGCGUCUUUGUUUCCUUUCUUCUCAUUUUUAUACUCUUUGUUUGCUCCACGUGCAAAACUUUUUUUAAUGCAACUUGCAAGAAAUUCUCCGUUUGUCACAACCCUUGACUUUAGGACCUCAUGUGCAGCCUCUAAGACUCAAAUAGAAUGUUUUACAUUAUGUUACCAUGUAAAUGCUUUCCUACGCAGGGCAUGUUACCAUAAAAUGGAUAUUUAUUACUCCUGAGUAUUUUUAGCAGAGAGGGGUCUCUUUCAGGGUCGCAAACGGUCUCAUUUAUUUACUACCACUAGCAGAGUCCUGGGUGGCUUCUUGGCAAGAUAUCAAAUAUCUUCAAAGACCUUCAAAAGUCUUUUUUUUUCCCAAUUAUUUGUCAUUUCAGGUAAUGGGACCUAUAUACAGUUUGAACAGAAUAUGAUCAUGAUGCAAUAAGAUGGAUGGUGCUUUAGGGGGCAGUGUUAGCUUCCCUUCUGUAAGAAUCCAAAGCUCUGCUUAUACUUUUCGUGCAGAAUGGAAAAGUUUGCGUAACCCUGCAGGCCGACUCCUACAUAAUGCAUGUUUGGAAUAACUGGAAAGAUGCCAGGGAAUUAGUUGAAUUAGCCGAAUGCCAUGCAGAGUGCCACUUCUAUGCAUGCACUUUUUCCUGAUGAUUAGUCCCAACAGAUUUACUUUGGUCCUUAUAUGUUAGUAUUUUUUUUUUUCUUUCAUUUUUUCCAGCAAAAUUCAUCACUGCCAGGGACUGAUGUUAUUUAUCUCCACAUUUCUAAAUUCGGGAAACAACAAAAUUCAGAAUCUAAAAGAUUGGUCAAUAAGCAGAUUCUAACAAAUGAAUGAAUAAAUAAAUACACAAAUAAAUCUUUAACAUGAAUGACCUGAAAGUGAAGAGCCUGCAACACUAAUCCUUCUCCUGUUCUGGGUGCUCUGUUACUGAAUAUGCUACUCGCUGCAAUAGAACAACCUUUUGUUUGUAAUGUGUUUUGUUCACAUGUCUUACUAUAUGGACUCUGUUUCAAUAUUAAACUACAGUAGAUUGUGAGAAUAGGUCCUGCUGUGAAAAUGCAUGGCUUUGUGCUUUGGAUGCAGAUAGUUUCAAACCUCCACGUGAGACCAUCACCUUUAAGUUUGUUUGUUUUAAAGCAUUGGGACUGAAUUCAGAGACAUUUUCUGCCAUUGUGUGUUUUUUGUGUGAGCGUGAGAAGCGAGGGGUGGGUUCACUGCUUUAUCAGUCAAGUCUGUAGUGUUUUUAUUAGUGCCUUAGUCCGUAGCCCAUACACUGUUUGGUCUGCUUAUGUGACAGCUUCACCUCAGUGGUCAAUAGAAGGUAGUGGACAUGCUAUUUUUUUUUUUUUUGUUCUUUUUCUUUUAAAUGUAGGUUCAUGUCUGUGGAUUGUUAACAUUUGAUUUCCCACUCACUAGCGUACUGUUCCUCUAAGUGCUGAAAGCAACUGCACCCCCUUUAUUUUCCUCUCUGCCACAUGCAAGGCCUUUUAGGGAUGAUGGAGGAACUGUCUGCCAGUCAAAAAAAAAAAAGUGUCGUCCUUUUAAAAUGUAUUAUCAGUAUGCCAUAGAUACUGAAUAUGUAUAUUACACGGAUGAACACAUUUUAGUACUGCAUUCCAUGGGCAUGUACCACAGUGCUUCUAAAUGACGACAGACUGGACACGUGAGCCUGUCGACUGCUUUGUGUGUUAUGAAGUCACUGAAAUCUUAUGGGUGGGCUUUCUUUCCUUGUGCUUUUAAAACUAUGAACGAAACAUGUGAUAAGAACAUUUCGAUAUAUCUGUCACCAUUAAGAUGUUGUGAUGCAUUUUCAAUGCUGUGGACUAUUUGAAGUGUUCUGUAUGUUUUGUUUUGUUUUUCGCCCCCUUCCCUUGACAGAAAUAAAAUUAGGAAUUCGCUACAAUAAAGAUAAAUGAUAACAUACAAUAUAAAAGAUAUUUAUCUGGCCUCGAUAAAAACUAUUUUUUGUAUUCACUGAAAAUAAAGCAUUUCAAUGUAAUAAAAA